UAUUUGGAUAUUGCCUUCAUCCCUGAUUUUAAUUUUCAGAAUUGCUGACAAACUUGUUUUGUUAGACCAUGAGGAAUGCUUGGACAUCUGGUGUAGAUACAAUUAGCAAUUUGCCUUGUAAUGUUCUCGAUGAAAUACUUGGGUGCUUGCCUUGGAAAGAUGCAGUGAAGACCAGUAUCUUGUCAAAAGACUGGAGGUACAAAUGGGUAACACGUCAAGAACUUGAUUUUAAUGAUGAGUUUUUCAAGUCUUUCAAACAAGAUGAAGAAGCCAAGAGAAUCAUUUACCAAGUCCUAUUAGUCCAUAAAGGACCAAUACUGAAGUUUAGACUCUGUAGGAUUACGAGUUGUCCUGAUAUUGAUCAUUGGAUCCACUUCUUGUCGAAGAAAAAUGUCCACGAAUUCACCCUUGAUGUAGGCUUAGGAAACAAAUAUCAUUCACCUCAUCAUCUUUUUACAUUCCAGCAACUAAGGUUUUUGGAACUUAAAGAUUGCUUGUUCCACCCUCCACUCGGUUUCAAAGGGUUUGAGAAGCUUAUUAAUCUCGAUCUUGUGCGUGUCACUUUUGAUCCAUCAAUAUUUACUAAUCUCAUCUCUAAAAGCCCGUUGCUUGAACGAUUGAGGUUGCGUUGCUGCACAAACCUUGACAUCCUUGAAAUCGAUGCUGCUAAUCUUAAAUUCUAUGAGUUUAUUGGAAAAACAAAAUCCAUUUCCUUCAGGAACGCUCCUAUGCUUGAAAAAGUUACUGUGGCGAUCCUUGGACGGCGACUUUUGACUGAUACAUCUCCUGUUUGCUCUAAUUUCCCAAAGUUCUUCUAUUACAUGCCUUCACUGCUGGAACUGGAAAUAAGCGGUACAAUAUUAGAGUACUUGAUCAAGGGAGGUUUACCAGAGAGUCCCCCAAAUGCUCUGAACAAUAUCAAAUCUCUCACUAUUUCGUCCAUGUCUUUAAGAAACGCCCAGGUGGUUUCAAGUGCAGUUUACUUGAUUACAAGCUGUCCUAAAUUACAAGAUCUUACACUUGAAUUUUACCAAGUGGGGGUGGGGGAUAUUGUUGAACCUGUUGUACAGUUGCUACGAGCCCAAUCAUCCUCAAGCGGUGCUGUGAAGCUUCAAAAGGUCCAAGUGAACAUGUUUACUGGUCUUGAGAUGGAAAUGGAGUUUAUGAAGUUUAUAUUGGCAUCUGCACCUGUACUUGAGGAGAUCUUCAUUUGGAAUUGUACACAUUGCCUUUUUCGUUCCUGUAAACAAAUGAUCGAUGAGAUGAAAGAAUUCCGCAGAGCAUCACCCAAUGUUGAAUUCACAUUUGAAGAAAUCGAUAUGGAAGGUGGAUAUGAACAUGAAGAAGUCAUGGAAGUGCCAUGAUUUUGCUAACAUAUUUUGUUUUGUAGCACUUAGUUUGCCUGUUAUGCCCUGUUAUGCCCUGUUUUGUCUGUCUAAUAUUAUGCAGUAUGUAUAUAUGUGCUUGGCUAAGU